AUGCCUCUAGGGGCCUUCCCAUGGGCGGCGGCGCCCCCAAAGGCCCUUCCAAGGGCGGUGGCGGCUCCAGGAGCCUUGACAGAGGCGCCGGCGCUCCCAGGCGCCCUCCCAGGGACGGCGGCGUCCCCAAGGUCCCUCUCAGGGAAUGUGGCGCCACCAGGGGCCCUCCUAGGCGUUGCGGCGCCGCAGGAAUUCUCCCAAGGAGCGGCGGGUCUCCUAGAGACCCUGCCAAGGAGGGCCACACCUCAAAAGCUCCUCCCAGUGGCGGCGGUGCCCCCUGCGGCCCUCCUAGAAGCAGCGGUGACCACAGGGGCCUCCCAGGGCCGGUGUAACCCCAGGGGCCCUGCCAGGGGUUGUGGCGCCGCCAGGGGCCCUCUCCAGGUACCCUCUCAGGUGCGGUACACCCACAGGAGCCUUCCCAGGGGCUGUUGCGCACCCCAGAGACCUUACCAGGGAGGUAGGGCCUCCAGGGGCCCUCCCAAGAGCGGCGGCGACAAGGGCUCCAUCCCAGGGAUGGCAGUGCCAUCAGGGGUUCUCCCAGGGGCGGCGGUGGUCCCAGGGGCCAUCUCAUUGGUCCCUCCAGGGGCGGCAGAGCCCCCAGGGGUCCUGCCAGAGGCUGUUGCUCCCCGAGGAGCCCCCUUUAGGGGUGGGGGUGAUCCCAGGGACGGUGGCUCCCCCAAGGGCUCGUCCGGGUGUGACGGCACCGUCAGGGGUUCUCCCAGGGGGGGCGUCACUUCCAGUGGCGGCGGAGCACCUAGGGAGCCCUUCCAAGGGCGUCCGCGCACCCAAGGGCCCUCCUUGGGGAUGGCGGUGACCCCAGGGACCCUACCAGGAGCGGCGGAGCCCCCAGGGGCACUUCAAAGAGUUGUGGCGUCCCUAGGGGCUAUCCUUAUGGGUGGGGGUGCCCUGCCACGGGCGGUGGCGCCCACAGAGGCCCUCCCAGGAGCGGUGGCGGCUUCAGGGACCUUCCCAGACACGGCUGCGAACCUAGGGGCUUUCCCAGUGGCGGUGGUGCUCCCAGGGAUCCUUGUAGGGGCGGUGACUCCUCCAGGGCCCUCACAGGGGUGUCAGCGACCCCAACGGCGCUCCAAGGGGACCUACCAGGGACGAUGGCGUCCCCAGGCGUCCUCUUUUGGGUCAGCGUCACGCUCAGGGGCGGGGGUACCCACAGGAGACCUCCCAGGUGCCGCAGCGUUUCAGCGGCCCGCCCAGGGGCAGUGGCGCCCAGAGGGGCCCUCCCAGGGGUGGCGGUGCCAUCAGGGACCCUCGCAGAUACAAAGACGCUGCUAG